AUGGAUAUUCAUCAGUCAUUACCGGAAUCCUCCUCUCUUAGCAUAGAAAUUGAGAACAGCACCAUAGUGACAGAAUUCAUCCUAAUGGGACUUUCCGAUCUCCCAGCAGUCCGUUUCUCCCUGUUCGCUGCCUUUUUGCUCAUCUACCUGAUCACCCUGUUGGGGAAUGGAACCAUCCUCCUGGCUAUAGCAGCUGACUCCCACUUGCACAACCCCAUGUAUUUCUUCCUCAGCAACCUCUCCAUGCUGGACGUCUUCUGUCCCACGGCCACUGUCCCCAAGAUGUUGGAGAACCUUUUGACAGAGAGCAAUACCAUUUCCUUUGCUGGCUGUGUGCUGCAGCUCUACUUCUUGGUAGCCCUGGCAGGGACAGAGGUCUUCCUCUUGGCUGUCAUGGCCUAUGACCGCUAUGUGGCCAUAUCCAACCCCUUGAGGUACACAGUCAUCAUGAGCAAGAGGUUGUGUCUCCAGAUGGUUGCUGGUACGUGGAUAACGGGGUUCCUUAACUCCUUGCUGCACUCAGUUCUGACCUUCACCCUUCCUUACUGCAAAUCCAACAGAGUCAAUCAAUACUACUGUGACAUCCCACCGGUACUGGCCUUAUCAUGUGCUUCAACCUUCUUAGCUGAGAUGGUUGUCCUUAUUGUUGGAGGCAUUUUUGGUGUGGGGGCUUUCUUGGUCACGCUGGUUUCCUAUGUCCACAUCAUCUCCACCAUCCUUAGAAUCCGCUCUGCUGAGGGGAAGCGUAAAGCCUUCUCCACCUGUGCUUCUCACCUCAUGGUGGUGUGCCUCUUCUAUGGGACCACCAUCUUCACUUACAUAAGACCCUCUUCCAGCCACCAUCCCGACCAGGACCGGUUGGUGAGCAUGCUAUAUGGGGUGAUUACCCCCAUGUUGAACCCCUUGAUCUACAGCCUUAGGAACAAAGAGGUGAAAGGGGCCUUGAAGAGGGUGAUAACUCCUAAACUGCGCUAA